GUGGAGCCUGCAGAGCCAGGGGAGCAGCAGGCGUGCGCACAGCGCGUGUCCCGGGCUACACGCCGGAAAGACACCUUCCUCCGUUGCAUGCGGGAGGAAGAGUACAGGCCCCCAGGGGGCGGGGUUUGCAGCACCUGAGGUCGCCAUGGCUACCGAGCCCGAGACCCCUGAGGCCGCCUUGGCUGCGGAGCCCGCGGUGCCAUCGCUUGUGGAUCGUUACUUCACUCGCUGGUACAAAGCGGAUGUCAAAGGAAAACCCUGUGAGGACCACUGUAUACUACAACACUCUAACCGGAGUUUGGUUGACAAGAAUGAGUCUUGCAGUGCCUACGCUAAACAAAUAAACUUGGUUACCCAAACAUCCAAAUGGAGGACCACACCCUCAGUCGGCUACUACCUCAAAAUAUGUGUCAUCACACUGGCAGGAUCCCAUCUAGUUCUUCAAAGUGGAAAAGCAAUUAAAAGCAUUUUCUAUCAAAUCAGUUCCAACUGUAGCAGACUUCAGAACAAAGUCUCUGGGAAAUUUAAGCGGGGGGCACAGUUUCUAACAGAACUUGCACCUCUGUGUAAGAUUUACUGCUCUGAUGGAGAAGAAUACACCAUGUCUAGACUAAUUUGGCCUCUCCCGUUGUGGAGCACAGGCUCCAGACGCGCAGGCUCAGCGGCCAUGGCUCAUGGGCCCAGCCUCUCCGCGGCAUGUGGGAUCUUCCCGGACCGGGGCACGAACCCGUGUUCCCUGCAUCGGCAGACGGACUCUCAACCACUGCGCCAACAGGGAAGCCCUAGACUAAGUUUUUAAAUGUGAGUUUAAGAUAGAGAAAUUAUCUUACCUUCUUCAACAGUUUAUAGCAAAAUGAGAGAAGUUGGAUCAAAAUAGCCAUUAUGCCUCUUGUCUUUGUAAUACUCUUAUCAACCAUAGUGACAGAAAGCAAGCAAAUCAAAUUCUUAUAAGGAGGCCCUCAAAAGACUUUAUCGUUUAUUUAGUUUGAAAAUGGUAAACAUUUCUUCUAAGGGAUCUCAAAGGGUAUGUAGAUUAAGGCAUCUGAGCUGACUUGAUGACCUAAGGUCCCAGAACUCAGAAGCAGGGACUGUUGCCCAAGUCUCAUGCCAAUUUCAUGGAACCCCAGGAAAAAUGGAUGGAAAAUCAACCUGUUCUAUUUCAGACGGUUUAGGGGCCUCUCAAAGGGCACCAAAUAGUGGCAGUGAACCCCCUUCUUUGCAAUUCCUUGCACUCUUUUUUGCACUGAGACUCCCUAAAACAAACAAUAGAAGCCCUUCACUCUGAGGGGUCUGUGCCCUAGUUAGUCAGGUGAUGAUGUUGGGAUUUAAGGGUAGCUGCUCUGUGCUAUGGUAUUAAUCACGUCCAAAAAGCUAAUUUAUUUGGUGAACCUACUGCUUCCUGGGGUCAGUUGUAACUGCAGAUGUUAAAUGGUUCUUGCAGUCAAGGCAGGAAAAAUGGAAAUAAAUUGUUCUUCUGUGGGUAUUAACACUUUAUUUGAAGAAAAAGGGACUGGAAGCUAACCUAAUAAAAAAAGAAGUGUGAAAGUUUCUCAAGUGCUUUCCUGAAUGUCCCACCCUCCCUUUUACCUUUAGAAACACUUGAUUCUGCAAGGGUGUCAGUUACUGUCUGGAGCUGGUGGCAUAGAAGAACAAGCUUGUUUAUUUCCAGGAGAAGCAUAAGCUUAUCAUCAUCUUUCAGCUGAAAUGUAAAUAAGGAAGUUAUAACAACUCCAAUGAAGUUCCACCUUUUAAACCUUAAGUACCUUUAUACCUCAAUAAUAUACCCUCAAAGUGGGUAUUUACGACAUCACCACCAGCACCAGGCAGGGAUACGUGCAUUACCUGUUUUGAGAAAACUUGCACACUUGAAGCAAGCUUCAAACCCUCUUCAGCAAAAACUGGGUAGAAAGGAAAAACAUCACUACGUUAGGUGUAUGUUGUCUAGAUAGUUGGUAAGAAAUACACUCAUGGAUAAUUUUCAUACAGAAUGUAAAAAAUAAAACCUAAACAUAAAAGGUC